GGCAGGGAGAGAGGGAAGGGUGGAGGGUGAGUAGAGAAGUGAGGCAGAAAGAUAUUUGUUCCCAGACGCAGGAGUUUUUUAGCACUGGGUUCUGAGUGAAGAUGAGGUUUCUCCGAGCUCUGAGCGUUCUGCUCUGCUGCUCCCUGUCCUCUGCACAGACACUGGAUCCUGGUGGGAGAAAUGUUUGCAAGGAUUCAAGGGACUCCUCUACACUGUUGUGUUGCACUGGAUGGCGCCAGCAGGGAAAAGAGUGCACUAUAGCUCUCUGUGAAGGUGAACAAAUGUGUCUUGAGAAUGAGAUCUGUGUGUUUCCUGGAGUAUGCCGCUGCCCACCUGGGUACUAUGGAGCUCAGUGUAAAACACGCUGUCCUCCUGAGUUCUGGGCGUCAGACUGCCGUCAGGUGUGUCCAUGCUACCCUCAUGGCCACUGUAAUGCUGUCACCGGCGAGUGUACAUGCAACCCCACCCGCUGGGGCCCGCUUUGCCAGAACACCUGCAAGUGCACUCGCAAUGGCCACUGCCACCCCGUCAUGGGAAACUGCAUCUGCGAUGAAGGCUGGUGGUCCCCGACCUGCUCCAAACCAUGCCAAUGCUCCAGCAUUGGAUCUCUGGGCUCCAGCUGUGACCCGCUAACAGGCCGCUGCCAGUGUCGCAGGGGAUACUGGGGGAUUAGAUGUCAGGCCAGUUGCAACUGUAACCAGUCUCCAUGUAAUGAGCGGACCGGCGUGUGCGAAUGUGAGGCGGGCUCCUGGGGAUCCAGCUGUGACAGGAAAUGUAACUGUGACCUGCUGCACAGCAGCUGUGACCCGGUGUCUGGGCAGUGCCUCUGCCAACCAGGUUAUACAGGGGUUUCAUGCAACCACCCUUGUAAAGCUGGGGACUAUGGCAGCAGCUGUAAUAUGAGAUGUGGCCACUGUAAAGACAACCAGCCAUGUUCGUCCACUGAUGGUGCCUGUGCUGCCUGUGAACCCGGCUGGAACGGCACGCGGUGUGACCGCCCCUGCGCCUCUGGGUGGUACGGUGAUGGCUGCAGGGAUAAGUGCCCAAAGUGCUGGAAUAAUGAACCCUGUGAUCCAAUAACAGGGAAAUGUUUGAGAUGUGACCCUGGAAGGACGGGAGCCAGGUGUGAGGAGCUCUGCUCUGAUGGGAGAUAUGGAGACGGCUGCCACUUCCUGUGCAGUCAGUGCUUUCAGGGCAAAUGCCAUCAUGUGACAGGAAGAUGUGUCUGUAGCCCUGGUUUCCAAGGAGACAGCUGUAACAGCACCUGUCCCGCUAUGAUGUUUGGGGCCAACUGCUCGUCCCUCUGUGACUGUGGAGAGGGAGUCAGCUGCAACGCCGUCACAGGGGCCUGUCCCUCCAGCGGUAGAGGGGCUGUGCUUGCAGGCGUGCUGGUUCCUUUGUUCCUGCUGUUUGUUGCUGUGCUGUGCUGCUGCCUGUGUUGUGGAGGAGGUCCUACUGAUGGAAAAAACAGGGUGGCUGUGGCUGAGGGCGGCCUGUUGGUCAGGAUGAAAUAUCACGUCUACAGUGUUCUGGCAAACAUCGGUGCUGCCCUCCCCUGUAUGUCUGACUGGUCCUCAGGUCUGCCUCGAGUCACUGUUUCUCACCAUGACCCAGAGCUGACCUUUAACCACAGCUUUAUUGAGCCUCCUUCAUCCGGCUGGGUCGAUGAGGGUUCGUCCUUUGACAGCGAUGAAGAGGAGGGAGAGUCCCUCUACUGCGUUCCCCCGAGGGAAGGUAGGAGCACAGACACAGCUGGAAAGCAGGAGCGUUACGGUCAUGAACGUCCUCUCUGUGUCCUCUCUGCAGAUAUCCCAGCUGUGGCAGGUGGGGAGUUCCAGGAGAUGAGCUCCAAGUGUAACAUGUUCCUAGACCCGUCUGGGUUUAGCAACGAAGACAUUACGUCGUCCUUCAACAUCCCUCGGACCUCCAGCAUCGCCAAGUCCAAGCGGCCGUCUGUGUCGUUUGCAGAGGGGACACGCUUUAGUCCCAAAGAGAGGCGUGGAUCCGGUCAGGACCCCGGUGGUCCUUCUCGCGGCAAAGCUAAGACCCCCUGGGGGGUUUUGAUGCUGUCGGCCCUCCAGAGUCAGGGAGGCACAGCUAGGACUGGGGAGGAGGAUGAAGAUGAAGAAGAGGAGAGAGGAGAUGAGGAAGGGGCUCAAACAGCAGACGAUCAGCAGUCAAGCCGUGAGGACCAGGAAGUAGACAGUAACCCAUCAUAUGCGAAUUUACAAGUCCCUGGGACAUCAGGACGAAGACGGACCAUGUCCAACACAGCUGGUCUGAAAGGAACCCCGCCCCCAACAUCUGAUGGUGAGGUGGGAGCUUCUCAUAAGCUGACCACAGUAUAUGUGACGGUAGGAAAGGCUGGGAGGCCUGUAACAAAACCAGAGUUAAGCUCUGAAGGGCCCGUCCAGGCCAUGCUGCGCAGACUUGGCAGCCUGCAGAGACAAAGAGAGCAGGAUGGAGGAAAGUCCAAGUCAAAGCCCGUCGAGGGGAUCACUAAACCUCCAAGGAGGAAGCUGGGAGCUCGUGCCGCAGUGUGGGAGCAGGGAGGGCCGUCAGGAGCACAGACUAAGCCGAUCAGGCAGAAGAAUGUCUCAGAGGCUCCUCCAUUAGAAGGAAACACUCCCAAACGACCUCUGUCAUCAAUUCUGAAAAGCGUCCCAGAGUUGGCCGCCGCUGACUGUGGGUCAACUCCAAGAGCUGAAGGAGCAGCCGUGCACAGUGUGAAUGCAGGUGUAGAACAAACAGAGAGCAGCUAUCUGACAGUGGGACCAGCAGGAGAGGCCGCUGAGAUUAUCAGCAACCAAGAAGCAGCACACUAUGAACCCUGCUAUGAAAACGUCCUAAUUACACAACCAUAAACCACAGACGCUGAGCCAGAAGAUCAGAGCGUGAUGAACCUUGUUUAUCCCAAUGGAGUAAAAAAAAAUUACAGACAUAAAGUAGUGCUUUAAUUUAUCAUUUACACGAUAACGCUACAAUCAGUUGAUAUUUGGAUUAUGAAAACGAAUGAAACAUGAAAAACACUUCAGAACAAGAUCAACAAGAUAGAACAGCAUGUGAUU